AUGGCACACAGACUAUUGGCACAGGUAGCAAUCACAGGGGCGAGGGUCUUUGGACGGGCAUUUACCGAGGCGUAUAAGGAGGCUGCAGCUGCCACCACAGCGCAACAGGCGACCAAAGAUGGCAAACCAAAAAAGUCCAGUGCAGCGUCUAGGGACAGUGAUAUCACGUUGGAUGAAGCAUGUAAGAUUCUAGACGUUGAUUUGAGUGGACUCAGUCUAGACAAGGCGCAGAAGAAGUACGACUAUCUCUUUGAUAUCAACUCAAAGGAAAAAGGUGGCUCUUUCUAUAUCCAGUCUAAAGUGUACAGGUCCAUGGAGAGGAUCAAGAAUGAGAUGGAAUAUCUCGAGGCGUUCCAAAAGAGCAAGGAGGGUGCCGGUGCAGAUGCCGGUGCAGAUGCAGGUGCAGGUGCAGGUGCAGGCGACAAGAGCAAACCUACAUGA